UUUGCAUCUCCAGAAUUGAGAGAUGCUCCAGUGAGGACCUGUUGUUGGUUGGCUGCGGCAUAGCAUCAUGGGCACGCUUUUGCAGUCUUGAAAUUGCGCCACGCCGUAUAGGAAGAGCAGGAGGCUGAAUACGUACUUUGGGAGCGCGUCUCACGGGCGAAAAUGAAGCCACCUGAGCUCGUUUUCUUCCUCGUGUGGAGUGCUUUUAUUUCCAGUCUUUCUGCAGAAGACCAAGAAGCCGUUGACCUUUUGUCCCACGCCCAGCUGCAAGACCUCCCUAAAGGGGUUAAGGUGGUGGCCGACAUUUGCGCCGACAGAGGCGGGUCAGGGUCAAAAACGCCGAAAGACGCCGACGCGGGCCAACGAGCCUACAUGCUGAAGAAAAAGGCGUCGAUGCCCAUCACAGUCUCGCAGCUAUUCGAAGAUGGCACGUUCCCGCAAGACUUUUCGCUGCUGAUGGCGGUCAAGCCGACAAAGGGCUCAAAACAGGUGUUGCUGACCCUGUACAACGAGCUCGGCGACGAGCAGGUCGCGAUUACCUUGGGCAAGCAGGUGGAGUUUUUCUUCAGGGACUCAAGCGGCAGGCCGGUCGAAAACAAAAAAGCCACGGUCAAAUUUAACAUCACGGUCAAUGACGGAAAGUACCACCGACUGGCGUUAAGCGUAAAAGGCGACUCCGCGACUCUGCUGUCGGAAUGCGGCGACUUGAGCAUAACCAAAAAACUCCACCGGCCAAUUCCGUCCGAUAUUAGCACAGCUGGAAUCAUGCUAAUUGGCCAAGAACUGUUGAAUGAAGAGCAUUUCACUGGAGACAUGCAGCUUUUGAUGUUGGCACCGCGGCCUGACGACGCGUACAAUUUGUGCGACUACGUGCCAUUGUGCGCUGGUGAAGAAGCGACUGCAGCGAAAAUCAAUGCGGCCGUUAACGACAAAAAGAAAAAGAGGAAGAAGAAAGUUGAUAUUCACAAACGACCGCAGAAGCAAGAGCCUGCGUCAAACUAUUACGAUGAAGAAUAUGAUAGUGGCUAUGAGGAUUUUACUCCUGAAUUAAACGGAAACGUUGAUUAUGCGAUUCCGGACGAAAACGGUUUUUACGACAAAUUGGAGAAUGAUACCGUGACCAGCGUAACUGAGCCUAUCGAGCCAGGCAUUUUUUUACCCAGCGUUACAACUACCACUGAAAUACCUAUCACGACGGAGUUCCCAAUCGAAAACGAGGGUAACUCGACUUCAAAUGAAACAGACGAUACUUAUGGCGAAGAAGAUGUGAUAACUGAAAUUCCAAUAAUUGGCGGCGAGUAUAGUCCCUCUAGUCCAGGGGUUCAGUAUUACCCAAUCAGGGGGCCUCCUGGUCCCAGAGGCUAUAUGGGCCCUCCAGGACCACCAGGAUUGCAAGGGCCAAAAGGUGAUAUGGGAAGGGAUGGUUUAGCAGGCACAAACGGCCACCCUGGCCCACCGGGUCACGUCUUUAUGAUACCGCUUAACCAAGGCGGAGGAGGGGACACGAAAGGACCAGACAAUCAAGCAGAGCAAUUUAGACAUCUUCUGUCACAGCAUAUGAUGUCUAUGAGGGGAGCUGAGGGCCCAAUGGGUUUAACUGGCAUACCAGGUCCAGUAGGGCCACCUGGUCCGGAUGGAAUAAAAGGCGAAUCAGGUGACUCGGGAGAGCCGGGUCCACGAGGGUUACGGGGUUUGGUGGGAGCACCUGGUCGGGAAGGACGCAGAGGAAGGCCGGGACGGGAUGGUGAGCGCGGCUUGACUGGCCCGCCAGGCGUGAAAGGCGAGCAAGGCUCUCAGGGACUGCCAGGCAUGCCGGGAGAAAAGGGCGAAAGAGGCGGCCCUGGUAACACAGGAGAGCCAGGACUGCAGGGUCACGAUGGAAUCCAAGGUGAAGACGGUCCUCCAGGGUUGCCAGGUCUUCCAGGAGAAAUGGGACCACGAGGAUUUCCAGGGCCUCGAGGAGUUCCAGGACUAACUGGAUCCCCUGGGCUUCCAGGCUCUGAGGGUCCUACCGGCCCCAAAGGCAAUGCUGGUCCUCCAGGGCAGCCUGGCGCGCCAGGACAGACAGGCCCACCCGGAUCAAUAGGCUCACCAGGCCCACAAGGAUUGCUAGGCCCCCCUGGAAUGGCUGGACCUCAAGGAAAACCUGGCAUGCCUGGGUUGCCAGGUGCAGAGGGUGCUCCUGGACACCCAGGAAAUUCUGGUGCGCCAGGACAAAAGGGUGAUCAAGGUCUGCAAGGAGCUCAGGGGCAAGUGGGAUUCCCAGGCAGCAGAGGGGUGAAAGGUGACGAAGGGAAAAGGGGUAGUCCAGGAGAUAAAGGCGACAAAGGUGAGAGAGGUGGUGAUGGUGAGAAAGGUGACCUUGGCCAGAAAGGGGAAAAAGGAUCGCAGGGUCCUCCAGGGCUGAUGGGGCUGGAAGGUCCCGAGGGACCAAAGGGAUUCGAAGGGCCAAGAGGUGAAGCUGGACCCACAGGCCCACCAGGGGAGCACGGAAAAGUUGGAGUUCCUGGAUUUCAAGGAUACGCUGGCCCACCAGGCGAAAAAGGAGACAAAGGCGCAAGUGGAAAGCAAGGGACGCCGGGUGAAAAGGGAGACAGGGGCAAUCCUGGCGUAGCCGGUGAAAGAGGAGAAGCUGGACCAAGAGGUUUCAGAGGUGCCCGAGGGAGAAGGGGCAAUGAUGGCCUUCCAGGUCCGAAAGGUGACACUGGCCAGCCAGGCUCUGCCGGCCCGCAGGGUGAAAGGGGCUUACAGGGGCCAGAGGGUCCAAGAGGUUUUGUUGGCCCACAAGGAGCGCAAGGUACAAAUGGAAAAGACGGUAGUCCAGGAUUGCCAGGAGAACGCGGUCCUCCAGGUGAGCCAGGUCCAACGGGUCCUCAAGGGGCACCAGGGGUUGUGGGACCACCUGGUCCAUCAGGUGAACCGGGACCAAUUGGCGAGCAUGGCGAACCUGGGCAUCCAGGACUGCCGGGUGAGCCUGGCGCUUCUGGUGAAGCCGGCAAAGAGGGUCCACCAGGGAGUGCAGGACCCGUUGGUAAACCAGGCCCAACUGGAAGCACAGGACUUCCUGGUUUUCCUGGUGAAAGAGGACUUCCUGGACUUCCCGGAAUGCCGGGUCUCAAAGGCGAAAUGGGUCCGUUUGGUCCAAUGGGAUCGCCGGGUGAUAAAGGACAACAAGGAGAGAACGGGAAAGAAGGCCCACCUGGACCUGAGGGAAGGCAAGGACCACUUGGUCCUCCAGGAGAACCUGGAAUGAAGGGGGAUAGGGGCGAAUCUGGACUACCAGGAUCUGUGGGAAGAGACGGAUUGACAGGACAAAGAGGGUUGCCUGGGCCACCUGGACCGAUCGGCCCGCCAGGAGAAGACGGCGAUAAGGGAGACGUUGGUCCACCUGGCGAGAAAGGUUUCAAAGGAUCUCGAGGAGAGCAAGGACCUCCUGGAUCGCACGGUUCUCAAGGGUUACGAGGAGAACCUGGUCCAAUGGGACUUCAGGGUGAGAGAGGACCACCUGGAGAAAUCGGAAGACAAGGGCCAAAGGGAGAGGACGGACCACUUGGGGUAGCAGGACCUCCAGGACCAGCAGGGCCACAGGGGUUGCCUGGGCCGCCAGGAGUAAAAGGGGAUUUUGGGGACCCUGGACCAAAAGGACCACUUGGAAAGCCUGGCCCACCUGGGGAGCGUGGUGGUCGAGGAACCAAAGGUGUGGAAGGAAUUGUUGGACCUCCAGGAGCAGAAGGGUUGCAGGGAGCAAAGGGAGAACCAGGAAAUGCGGGUCCUCCAGGUCCACCCGGCAUCGAUGGAAAACAUGGUGAAAGAGGUCCAAUCGGUCCAAAAGGUGAAGAAGGAAAGCAAGGAUUGCCUGGCUCACCUGGUACACGCGGAAUACCUGGUCCAGAGGGACCAAAGGGUAAUGUGGGUGCCGUUGGAUUUCCUGGCCCAGCAGGGGAGCCUGGACCACCUGGUUCGAAGGGUGAGCGGGGUAAAGACGGAGCUGACGGCCGCGAGGGCGAACAAGGUUUACAGGGAGAGCCAGGGCCACAGGGAAAAAGUGGAAGUCCCGGUCCACCAGGGAAGUCUGGACCUGAAGGUCCACCAGGUCAACAAGGAAACACAGGACUGCCUGGUGAGAAGGGAGAUCAAGGGCCACAAGGUGCGCCAGGUUUGAUUGGGAUUGCUGGAUCUCCAGGAUCGCAAGGACCUGAAGGUCCACCGGGAUCAAGAGGGUCACCGGGUCCAGCAGGUGAUGUUGGACCGCCAGGGAAGCCAGGGGAAACCGGCCAACCGGGCAAAAACGGAGAGGUGGGCCCUAGAGGACCCAAGGGUGACAGAGGCAAGAGAGGUAUUAAAGGUCACCGCGGUGAAAUGGGGCUCCAGGGACCAAAGGGUGAUCAGGGAGAAAAGGGAGAGAAAGGCGACAGAGGACCACAAGGACCGUUGGGCGACAAAGGAGAAAUCGGACCUGCCGGCCCCAUCGGCAUGAAAGGCAGUGACGGACCACAAGGACUCCCGGGAAUGGAAGGGCCACCAGGCCCAAAAGGAUCGGACGGACCCACUGGCAUAAAGGGUGAGACAGGUCCACCUGGUCCGCCCGGGCCCCCUGGCAUUCCAGGCGAACAACCGAUGCUGCCCCCAGAGUUACUCUUCCACCAGGUCGAGAGUUUGAGCAGGGCAAAACGCAACAUUUUUGAUGACGAUGAUGUGGCUGGAACAGGGGACAACGUGAACAAAAAGAAAGGAGAGGACGACCAGGACGGGUGCAUGCUAGACAUGUACAAUGCAAUUUACGGAAUGCGCAAGGAGCUCGAACGAGUGAGGAGACCUCACGGCACUAAAGAAAAUCCAGCUCGCACUUGCCGGGACCUGUACUUUGGUCAUCCGCAGUUUAAAGACGGAUGGUACUGGAUUGACCCGAAUCUGGGAAUGUCAUUUGACGCGAUUUACGUGUUUUGCAACCUGACAAGCGGCGGAGAAACGUGCGUUUUCCCGGACACGCAUUCAUCGAAAAUGCCAAACAUCCCCUGGAGGAAGGAAGCAACUGACUGGUACAGCAACCUGAGGGGCGGCUUUAAGAUAACAUACGAAACAAUCGGCAUUGUACAAAUGAAGUUCUUGCGGAUGUUGAGCCAGGACGUAUAUCAAAACUUCACCUACACGUGCAUCAACUCCGCCGCGUGGUUCUCGCAAAAGUCAUUCAACUAUGAAAACGCGAUCAAAUUGAUGGGACACAACGAGCAAGAAUUCAGCAGUGACGCGCUUCAGCCCGCCGUUUUAACAGAUGGCUGCAAGUCUCGGAAAUCGAAGAGCAAAACUGUGUUUGAAAUACGGACCAAAAAGUUGGCCCACUUGCCAAUCAUCGACUUCUAUCCCGUGGAUUAUGGGGAGGCGAAUCAAGCGUUUGGAUUUGAAGUGGGCCCAGUCUGUUUUAAGUAACUGAGUUCUUGAAAAUCAGCUACAAAUUUGACCACUGCCAUUUAAAUUUAUAAUAAGUAGAUUAAUGAUAAAAUUAAGAAUAAACUUUUGAUAUCUGGCAAAUAAGCCGACUAAAUUGAGUGUAACUUAAAAUAAUAAAAUGUAGGAUAAGAUCACA